GCGGCAUUUACUCUUAUAUUUGCUAAAAAAUUGACGCUAUGGUUAUGGAACCACGAUUACGAUCCAGAUAAUUACUCAUUGCCUUACAUGACCGCUAUUGUUGACGUUGUUGGUAAUGGAUUACUAGUGUUGUCUUAUUGGG